UGUGACGUUACAACUAAUCAGUUUACAUCUAACUAUCAUAAAAUAUUUUUCGUGCAAAAUGAAAACUACUUACUUACUUAAUUUAAAUAAUAUUAAGACAGAUGUUUGUGUCUAUUUUAAUUUGUAAGAUUUUUUUAGGCAGUGAAGAUGGUGUGAAAAUCUACAUUUUUGACGAGCACCAUCAUCCACCAUCGUCCCAACCUCAUGUUAUCGAAUUACAACAAAAUAUAUUUGUGCAAGAACAAGUAAAGUAAUGCAAAAACGGAUAUAAUAUAAUGGGGGCUACAAUGGUCAAACCGUUGGUAAAAAAUGGAAAUUUGCUGGAUGCUUUGCCUUCACAGGCAACGCUGCAUGUUGUUAUGUUAGGCUUGGAUUCUGCUGGAAAAACUACGGCACUAUACAGACUUAAGUUCGAUCAGUACUUAAAUACAGUUCCCACAAUUGGCUUUAAUUGUGAAAAGGUACAAGGGACUAUUGGCAAGGCAAAAGGAGUUCAUUUUCUAGUUUGGGAUGUUGGAGGACAAGAAAAACUACGGCCACUCUGGCGAAGCUACACACGCUGCACUGAUGGCAUUUUGUUUGUUAUUGACUCUGUCGAUACAGAACGUAUGGAAGAAGCAAAAAUGGAAUUGAUGCGUACCGCCAAGUGCCCUGACAACCAGGGUGUUCCUGUGCUAAUUUUAGCAAAUAAGCAAGAUCUUCCGAACGCUUGUGGAGCAAUUGAACUGGAAAAACUUCUAGGACUAAAUGAACUCUACAGCCCAGUGCCGAAUAUUUCUAUUUUAACUAGUUCAAACUCUUCUUCAACUGUCAAUUUAAUCGGAUGCAGCAUGGCAAACCAAAGUAUCAUAGAAAGUUCAUCGACAAAGCGAACAUCGAGUCACUUGCAUUCCUCAAUGAUUCACAUAAAACCAGCUCUUGAAACUGGUGACCAAAAAGACACGUUAACCGAAGAAGCGCUGCCGGCAUUUAUAUAUUCGCAUUCUUACAAUGAUCCAGCUGAUUUGGAUCAACAAACUCAGCGUGAAGUGAAGAAAUGUUUUCAUAACAAGAAACACAACAGAGCUUCUUCCAACUCGAUGCAAUUUAGAGGAUGGUAUAUACAGCCGACUUGCGCCAUAACUGGCGAGGGUCUUCAAGAAGGCCUGGAUGCUCUAUAUGAUAUGAUUUUAAAACGACGAAAAAUAAACAAAUCCCAAAAGAAGAAACUUUAGCAUAACUAAUUGACUGUGACUGUCCUCGAAUGCUUUUAAAUUUUCCUUAUUUUAGCACAAUUAAAUAAAUAAAAAUGCACAGCUGA